CGCGUACACCAAGAGUGACCGAUGUCGAUGUGGCCUUGGUGUGGCAAAGAGACACUGCAAAUGGGUCCCUGCCAAGCAGCUCCUCAAAUUUUGGUGGAGAUAUCACUGGUCACUCAUGGUCGGUGCAAGCCUCUUCCACCUCAACUUCAUCAUCACCCUCGACGCCAAUUGCUACCUCAACCCCCCUUCCUUCUUCAAAAUGUGGUAUCUCCCCUGGGAAAAGAUCAAGAACUCUUUCUGCUUCACUUUCGUCAUCCUCCGAAACUUCUUUCCUCACCCUUUCUCACUCUUAUUCUUCUUCCAAAAUGGAUUGGAGAGCAAGUCGCCAAGCAUUUUCUUCGAUGAGAUCAUCUUGCAUCUCCUCACUCAUGCCCACCUCGUCAAAGCUCGGUGUGGGAUGUGGAAAGGUGUGGUCGGCUAUAACAGGACAUUCCUGAUCAUGAUCAUCACGGGAGCUCUCUCUGACAACUUCUGUCUGCUCCACAAUAUCCUUGUAGCCUCCUUCUUCCUUCAUCCUCCUACUCUUAUUCUAUAGUAGCAGAAAGGAGAUCCUGAACAAGUUGUGCACAAACUUGCUCAAUCAAUUUUGUUUGCUUUGCUGAGUGUAGGGCUGCAAAUGGGCCAAGCCUCUCGCAAAAAACUCGACAUCCGAAUUGGAAAAAACUCGUUCGAAACUUGGCUCGUGAGCCGACUCGUUAGUAAACGAGCCAAGCAUGAGCCAAACCAUGCUGAGCUUGAUAAGCCCAUGAGCUAAUUUGACUCGGUGGCUUGUUGAGCUAAGCUCGCGCGCUGGCUUUUCAGAGCUUGUAGAAGGAUUAAUUAUUAUUCUGAACAUGAACAUUAUCUUGUUAAUCAGUAUAUGUAUGGAAGUUAGGUGUUAUUUUUAGUUUCUAGUGUUAUUUUUAUAAUUUAAAUUAUUAUUUCUACACAUUUUUAAGCAAAAAUGAUUUCAAAUCGAGCUCAUCUUGAGUCGAGCUUGUACUCAGCUUGACAAGUUGUGUUAAUGAGCAUUUAUCGAGCUCUACCGAGUCGAGCUCGAAAUUUCUAAAUGACCCGAGCUCAAGCUAAGCAAAAACUCGACUCGACUCGCCUCGUUUGCAGCCCUAGAAGAGUGCUGAACAGUCUCCUCCAUUUCAUGGAGAAAUGAAGGGUCAUGAGUACCAACAGGAGGAGCAAUUGAUUUGAUUAGGAGGUCCAUCUUGGAGAAGGGUCUCUCGGUGUCCUAAGCAAAAUGCUCCUCGAGAAGCCUCAAUUGACUGUUCGGAUAUGGACAUUGAACAUAGUAUGGGUAUGCAAAAUGGCCUUGAAGGCCGCCAUGGCUAAUCCAACUCCGAUGGCCUCUCUGGUUGUGGAAGAAAUUCUUCUUGAUAAGAAAUUGUUCUUGAAAUG